AUGUACUCUGUUCAUUGGGAGGAAGAUGGUAUCGCGUCAUGCUUUGCUUCUCUUUUCUCUACAGCAAGUUAUGCUGCAUAUAUGCCGACUCUGCAGUAUUUCUUAAAAAAACGUUAUGUCUACGAAUCUGUCUUUGCUAUAUUCGGCAUUACAGCCUCCCUGAUGUUUCACCUCUGUAACUUAUUGGGUGUUGAAAUUUUUAUGGACGACGCUGCGUGGUUUAGGGUGGGCAACAUUUGUUUAAUUACCCUCAUCGGUGCUUGGAGUACGUACAUUUGUGCGUUCAGAGACUCCUUUGUGGAGCGCUUCACUAAGUACUGCUUCCUUCUCAUAUGUAUCAUUUGUCAUGCAACUGGCCCUUGGACACCCGUAAAGUUGCUCACCAAAGGGGCAUACGUCAGUUUUGUUGUUCCCAUUUGUGUUUACACAUAUCGCCGGCAACUCCCGGCCGUUUUCACGCGCCGCCUACUCGUGUUGGUUUUUGCCGUGGUGAUUGCUUUGUCUUUCCUUUUUAUUUCCCUUGAUGACGAAAGGGAUCCCUUCAUGUUUUUCCUAAGUGCAUGUCGCUCUCUCUUCGGCAUCGCAUCAUAUUUGAUGUGGACGCUACUUAAGGUGCCAGGAGUAACAGGUGUAAUGGGAAAGAGCAUUCAUGUGUAA